AAAACGCCAGCCAGAAAACAUAAAUCCACAGCAAAUGAUGAGUCUUUCCUUCCAGUUGAGUGGGGCCCGGUGUGGAUUUUAAUCUGACCAAUCACAUCCCGCUUGGUACCAAAAAACCCACCCGUGGAUCAAAAGAAAAUUUCAAUUUCGGACCACAAUCCAGUAGGAAACAUGGUAGGACUUAAACCCUCAGACAUUCCUCCUCCUUUGGGUGUGAAGAUGGCGAGUGCUGGAGCAGCAGCCUGUAUAGCCGAUAUGGUCACAUUCCCUCUGGACACGGCCAAAGUCAGACUACAGAUUCAAGGAGAGAAGAAGGCAGUCGGGGGCAUCCGAUACAGAGGGGUGUUUGGGACCAUCAGCACCAUGAUCCGAACAGAAGGGCCCAAGUCUCUGUACAAUGGUCUGGUGGCUGGGCUGCAGAGACAGCUGUGCUUUGCCUCCGUCAGAAUCGGCCUCUAUGACAACGUUAAAAAUUUCUACACUGGUGGCAAAGACAACCCUAGUGUACUGGUACGUAUCCUGGCUGGCUGCACCACAGGCGCCAUGGCGGUGUCCUUUGCGCAGCCCACCGACGUGGUCAAGGUUCGAUUCCAAGCCCAGAUGAAUCUGGACGGAGUGGCCCGCCGCUACAGCAGCACCAUGCAGGCUUACAGACACAUCUUCCAACACGAGGGUGUGCGUGGGCUCUGGAAAGGAACAUUACCCAACAUCACAAGAAACGCCCUGGUAAACUGCACAGAGCUGGUUACAUACGACCUGAUAAAGGAGGCCAUCCUUAGACACAAGCUGUUGUCAGACAAUCUGCCAUGCCACUUUGUGUCUGCGUUUGGCGCCGGCUUCGUUACCACAGUGAUCGCCUCCCCGGUAGACGUGGUAAAGACCAGAUACAUGAACUCACCACCGGGCCAGUAUAAGAGCGCCAUUAACUGUGCCUGGACCAUGUUAACUAAAGAGGGGCCAACAGCAUUCUACAAAGGAUUCGUGCCCUCGUUCCUGAGGUUGGGAUCGUGGAACAUCGUGAUGUUCGUCUCCUUCGAACAAAUCAAAAGAGCCAUGAUGGUCACAAAGCAGAGGAUCGAAGUGGUUAACUGAGAUUCCUCAGUCAAAGUUUGACUGUAAUACCUGAACCACCACCGGGCUGGCACCUGAAUGAGGAAACCCUAGUAACAGUAAUUUCUUGUGUUAGCCUUAUUCAACAAAUCCACUGUCCUGUGGUGAGAAAGGCGGAAAUCCUUUGUUGAAAAAGGAUCGCCUCCUGAAAAAGUAUUGUAUUUAUGUGCAUGAGGACACACAGACUUCUUUUAUAUUUAUAAUUUGCCACAGUGAGCCCAUUCCAGAUGCCAUGGAAGGGAAUAUUACAGAAACAUGCCAAGUUUGCACUGAGCCUUGUAUGACUAAACCUGUCAAUUUUAUACGUUAGCUAGCUUAAAGCAGUGUGCCUUUACACUGAACGACUGGUACCCAUAAUAAAGCAUAAAAGGAU